CGUUAAGUUAUUUAGACUUUGAUAAAAUCACUAAAAAGUACUUGAAGUUCGAUAAAAUCGAUUUUCAUACUAACCCUGUCGUUUAGUAGCAAUUCAGAUCUUCGAACGAACACUCUAAUUAAGCUCAGCAAAAUGUUCGCCUCAACAGUCACCGUCCUCACACUCUCAGCAACUCUACUAUUAGCAACGAUAGUGUCCAGCUCGGACGAGUGUUACCGGAAUCGACGAAUCACGGUGAAAACCGUGGCACACUUUGAAAACUGCAACCAAUACGUCGUCUGUGUGGGGCGCAUUCGGAUGGUCCGAAGCUGUCCCGAAGAGUCCGGAUGGAGUGAGCUCGAACAAACUUGUGUCCCCGGUGAAGCGGAACGCUGCCGCAAGAAACCCAAGCUGCGACUGAUGAGUGUGGGCGUGACCCCAGUGGAACCGUCGAUUUCGUGUGUGGCGAGUUCGGACUCUUGUCCGGCGCGGUUCGAUCCGUUUGCGCUUGUGCUGCGUGCCCACGAAGAUUGUGCCAAGUACUAUCUGUGUAUUUCGUUUCUUCCGGUGGUGCUGUCGUGUCCGGCGAACCUGCGGUUCAACGAGCGAACGUGUCAGUGUGAUUUUCCGGAAAAUGUGGACUGUGGAAUGACGACUACGACGGAACUGCCUGAAGGAACGGAAACUACAACAUCGGAACCAGAGAGUACAGACACUACAACAUCAGAACCAGAAGGAACAGACACUACAACAUCAGAACCAGAAGGAACAGACACUACAACAUCAGAACCAGAAGGAACGGAGACUACAACAUCAGAACCAGAAGGAACGGAGACUACAACAUCAGAACCAGAAGGAACAGACACUACAACAUCAGAACCAGAAGUAACGGACACUACAACAUCAGAACCAGAAGGAACGGAGACUACAACAUCAGAACCAGAAGGAACAGACACUACAACAUCAGAACCAGAUGUUACAGACACUACAACAUCAGAACCAGAUGUUACAGACACUACAACAUCAGAACCAGAAGGAACGGACACUACAACAUCAGAACCAGAAGUGACAGACACUACAACAUCAGGACCAGAAGUAACGGACACAACAACAUCAGAACCAGAAGGAACGGACACUACAACAUCAGAACCAGAAGUGACAGACACUACAACAUCAGGACCAGAAGUAACGGACACAACAACAUCAGAAUCAGAAGGAACGGACACUACAACAUCAGAACCAGAAGUAACGGACACUACAACAUCAGAACCAGAAGUAACGGACACUACAACAUCAGAACCAGAUGUUACAGACACUACAACAUCAGAACCAGAAGGAACGGACACUACAACAUCAGAACCAGAGAGUACAGACACUACAACAUCAGAACCAGAAGGAACGGAGACUACAACAUCAGAACCGGAAGGAACAGACACUACAACAUCAGAACCAGAAGGAACAGACACUACAACAUCAGAACCAGAAGUAACGGACACUACAACAUCAGAACCAGAAGUAACGGACACAACAACAUCAGAACCAGAAGGAACGGACACUACAACAUCAGAACCAGAAGUGACAGACACUACAACAUCAGAACCAGAAGUAACGGACACAACAACAUCAGAACCAGAAGGAACGGACACUGCAACAUCAGAACCAGAAGUGACAGACACUACAACAUCAGGACCAGAAGUAACGGACACAACAACAUCAGAAUCAGAAGGAACGGACACUACAACAUCAGAACCAGAAGUAACGGACACUACAACAUCAGAACCAGAAGUAACGGACACUACGACAUCAGAACCAGAAGUGACAGACACUACAACAUCAGAACCAGAAGGAACGGACACUACAACAUCAGAACCAGAAGUAACGGACACAACAACAUCAGAACCAGAGGGCACAGACAGCACAACGGAACAACCCGAAGGCACAGACAGUACGACGGAAGAACCCGAGGGUAGCAACAGUCCGAUCACGGAACCGUCAACAACCACCACCACGCAAGAAACGACCAGUACCGCAACGCCACCGACGACAAGUUCGCCAACACCCGUCACCGUGACGCUCAAGCCAGAAACACCCGAAGCUACGACGGUUCCGGCGAGUACAACCACCACGGAGAAACCUCCGGUGGUCGUUGAAAUUAUGGAGGCCGUCAACAAGGUGUUUGAGGUGGUGGACGCACUGAAGAAGAUUUGGUACGAUUACAUCUGGACGAAGAAGUAGAAGAUCUGUAUUAAAUAGGUUGAAAUAAAUUUAAACAAU